GCAAAAGAGAGGACGCUGCUAAAUAUCAUGCUCGUAAGACUACUGAUCGUUCUGCUUUGUUUAAACUUAGCCAUAAUAGCAAAUUCAGACGAGACUGCACCAAGAGUUAAAACUCUCUCAGGAGCACUGAAAGGCUAUUAUAGAAUAUCACAGUAUGGCAGAAAAUACGAGGCAUACGAAGGGAUUCCUUAUGCUUUGCCACCUGUUGGAAAAUUAAGAUUCAAGCCUCCUCAACCAAUACCGGCAUGGACCGGCGAGUUACCGGCUACGAAAUUCUGUUCUCCGUGCAUUCAAUACGUUCAAACUCCUAUUGAUCCUACGAAUAAAGUCGAGGGUGCCGAAAAUUGCUUGUGUUUAAAUAUUUAUGUAGCAGUACAAAAAAUGUCGAAAAACAAGACUUCUAUGCCAGUGUUGUUUUGGAUCCAUGGUGGCGCUUUUCAAUUUGGUAGCGGUUCGAAUUAUGGAGCCACAUAUUUGAUGGACAGCGACAUCAUACUGGUCACAAUUAACUAUCGAUUGGGACCGAUGGGUUUCCUUAGCACGGAAGAUGAGGUAGUUCCUGGCAACAUGGGUCUAAAGGAUCAAAAUAUGGCACUUCGCUGGGUAUCCCAGAAUAUCGAGUGGUUCGGUGGCGAUCCGAAAAAAAUAACUUUAUUUGGUCAGAGUGCUGGUGGUGCAAGUGUUCAAUAUCACUACUUAUCGCCACUGAGCACCGGACUUUUCCAAGGAGGAAUAUCGUUUAGCGGAACAGCGUUCGAUUGUUGGGCGCAAACUGAGGGUUCUUUAGAGAAAACUAAAAAACUGAGCGCUUUAAUGAGAUGUCCUACAACUACUUCUAGAGACAUGAUAGAUUGCUUGAGACGUCGACCGGCUCGAAAUAUAGUACAGGCUACAAGCAAAUUUAUGACGUUCUACUUCAAUCCCUUCACUCCUUUCGGACCAGUAAUUGAAAAAAUCGGCGAUGAUACACCUUUCAUCGAUAGAACACCAAUUGAAAUCGUGAAUAACGGUGAUGUGCAAGAUUUACCUUGGGUUACAAGCGUAGUGAGUGAAGAAGGCCUUUUUCCCGUAGCUGAAUUCAUCGCUGACAAUAAAGCUCUGAAACAAUUAAACGACAACUGGGAUGUUCUCAGUCCGGAUUUUUUGGACUUUAAUUACACCAUCCCAAAAGAGAAACAAGAUGAGACUGGUCGCCUCAUCAAGAAGCAUUAUUUCGAUAAGAAACCAAUAAAUCAGAAAACUACAAAACAACUGAUACAAAUGACGAGUGAUCGCUUCUUCGUGGUCGAUAGUGAGAAGGCUGCGCGAAUGCAAGCCAAAGUAAAUUGGAAUCCAGUCUGGUAUUAUUAUUUCUCGUAUAGAGGAAAUCACAGUUUAAGUGAUUUUAUAAGCGGUACAACUAACGAUUACGGUGUCUCCCAUGGCGAUGAUAUAUUCUAUAUAUUAGAUUCUCCCAUUGUGAAUACAAACACAACGCAACGAGAUCGCGAUAUGCAGAAAGUCUUAAUCGACUUUUGUGUAUCUUUUGCUACAAAUGGAAUUCCAAACGUGGCUGGUGUAAAAUGGUCGAAAUUAGAUCCUGAAAAAGAGGAUUUUGAGUAUCUGCAUAUUGCUAGCCCUACUAACAAUAAGAUUAAGAUGGAUAGCAAUGCUAAUUUCGGGGAUAAAAAAUUCUGGAAUUCAAUCAAGUUUAACGAGAAUGUGUUGACCACACAAAGAAAUUGGGAAGAAGUUUUAAAUGAUUUUACAAGAAAAUUCGAUUUUUUGUCUAUAUUUGGACUAGCGCUGAACAAGUGCCAAUUCGCAAUGAUUUCUGCAAAGGAUAGCACGUUACUGAAUACCAUGUUCAUAAGACUUCUGAUCGUUCUGCUUUGUUUAAACUUAACCAUACUAGCAAAUUCAGAGGAGAUUGCACCAAAAGUUAAAACUCUCUCAGGAGCACUAAAAGGCUAUUAUAAAAUAUCACAGUAUGGCAGAAAAUACGAAGCAUACGAAGGGAUUCCUUAUGCGUUACCACCUAUUGGAGAAUUAAGAUUCAAGCCUCCUCGACCAAUAACGCCAUGGAUCAGCGAACUACCGGCUACGAAAUUCGGUUCUCCGUGCAUUCAAUAUGUUCAAUUUUCUUCCGAUCCUGCCGAUAAAGUCGAGGGUGCCGAAGAUUGCUUGUAUUUAAAUAUUUAUGUACCAGUACGAAACAAGACGGAAAACAAGACAUUUAUGCCAGUGUUGUUUUGGAUCCAAGGUGGCGCUUUUCAAUUUGAUAGCGGUAUGAAUUAUGGAGCCACAUAUUUGAUGGAUAGCGACGUCAUACUCGUCACAAUUAACUAUCGAUUGGGACCGAUGGGUUUCCUUAGCACGGAAGAUGAGGUAGUUCCUGGCAACAUGGGUCUAAAAGACCAAAAUAUGGCACUUCGCUGGGUAUUCCAGAAUAUCGAGUCGUUCGGUGGCGAUCCAAACGGAAUAACUUUAUUUGGUCAGAGUGCUGGUGGUGCAAGUGUGCAUUAUCACUACUUAUCGCCAAUGAGCGCAGGACUCUUCCGAGGAGGAAUAUCGUACAGCGGAACAGCGUUCGAUUGUUGGGCGCAAACUGAGAAUUCUUUAGAGAAAACUAAAAAACUGAGCGCUUUAAUGGGAUGUCCUACAACUACUUCUAAAGACAUGAUAGAUUGCUUGAGACAUCGACCGGCUCGAGAUAUCGUACAAUGCCAAUAUUCUACAAACGAAUUUAUGUAUUUCCUUUACAAUCUUGUCACUCCUUUCGGACCAGUAGUUGAAAAAGUCGACAGUGAUACACCUUUCAUCGAUAAGACACCAGUUGAAAUCGUGAAUAACGGUGACGUACAAGAUUUACCUUGGGUUACAAGUGUAGUGAGUCAAGACGGCCUUUAUCCCGUAGCUGAAUUCAUCGCUGACAAUGAAACUCUGAAACAAUUAAACAACAACUGGGAUCAUCUUGCUCCGCGUUGCCUAGACUUUCAUGACACCAUCCCAAAAGAGAAAUACGUCGAAAUUUCUCGCAUUAUCAAGAAGCAUUAUUUCGGUACGAAACCAAUAGACCAGACAACUACAAGUCAACUGAUACAAAUGACGAGUGACCGCUUCUUCUAUGUCGAUAGUGAAAAGGCUGCGCUAAUGCAAGCCAAAGUAAAUCAGAAUCCAGUCUGGUAUUCUUAUUUUUCGUACAGAGGAAAUCAAAGUUUAAGUGAAUAUUAUAGCGGUACAACUAAAAAUUACGGUGUCUGCCAUGGCGAUGAUAUAACAUAUAUAUUAGAUACUCCUUGGGUGGAUCCAACAACAACGCAACGAGAUCGCGAUAUGCAGAAAGUCUUAAUCGAUAAUUGUGUAUCUUUUGCUACAAAUGGAAUUGCAAAAGUGUAUGGUGCAAAUUGGUCGCAAUUAAAUCCUUCAGAGAAGAAAUUUCAUUAUUUGCAUAUUGCUAGUCCUACUGAGAUUAACACGGGUAGCAAUGCUGAUUUCGGGGAUAAAACAUUCUGGAAUUCACUUAAGUUUAACGAGAAUGUGUUGACCACGUAAAGAAAUUGAGAAGAAGUGCUUUGAAUGAUUCUACGAGGAAAUUCGACUCUUUCAUCUAUAUUUUACGCAACUAAUUUUUAUUAAAAAUUAACAUAAUGCUUAAUUUUGUAUGUUAUGUGCACUUAUAUUUACGAAUCUCUUCUAAUAAUAAUAAAGCAAGAUGAAAACAA